ACCCAAUUUUUAUUUUCUUGCUUUUCUUUUAGUUCUCUCUUAUAUUCCAUUUCUCCGACACCUUCACAAUCCUCUGUUCUCCCAUGAGUAAGCUCUGUUCUCACGUUUCAUCAUGGAGAAGAAACAUUACGAAACACCAUCAUUAUCAACGAAGGUAUUAAUUGAGUCGACUGAGUUUUUCAUGAACACAUAUGUAUUUCUAUCGUCGCUCACGUCUCACCCUCUCUUCUCGAUCACUGUAGCUUUAUACAGUUUAAUUCUCCUCUAUUUCCCCAGAUUUUUUCUCAGUCUUAUAUUCUCUCCUGUAUUAAUAUCUACAGGAGUUAUUAUCUCAACUCUUCUUAGAUUAGGAACGACCCCAAAAUUAGAAAACGGGAAUGAGUCAUUUGUUGAGUAUUGGAAUCUUAGUGCACCACUUGACGUUAUUUACGAGGAGUAUGAAGGACAAGAAGAAGAUGGAAAGGAGGAUGUGACAGUAAAUGAGUUCUCUUGUUUCGGACGUUAUUUUCCGGAGUCUGAUGAUUCAGGGAGUGAGUCAGAUGGUGAUUUUGAUUUGAUCAAUGGAUGGGAUUCACCAAAGAAUAUGAGUUAUCGUUGGGAGGAUGAAGAUGAUGGUAAAGAAGGGGGGUUAAUUGAGAUAGAAUUAAAUGAUGAAAAAAGAAAUAGUUUUGAUGAUCACAGAUUUUAUGAUUAUCAUGAUGACGAUGAUGUUGAAGAAAUGGAUGAUAAUUUGAUUGAGAUCGAGAUCUCAUGAUGAGUAGCCAGUUGGAUCACGGGAAAACUGGAAUAAUUUUUACCAGAUAUUUGUCAGAUUUGUUAUUCAUUCUGUUAAUUCGAAUAAUUAAUUAAAUAAGUACUCCCUCCGUUCUUUUUUAAUAGGCCAGUUUUGUUUUUAGCGAAAUUUAAGGAAAUUAAGAGAACUAAUCAUUGAAAGUGGUCCUUAUGACAC